GUGUGGCAGUGUGGUGCAGCAUGAGCAGGCCUUGUUUGUAUUAUGUUUCAUUGUUCCCUCACAAGCAUACACCAUUACUCACACAUCACACUCUCUCUCACUCUCUCAAAUAAACUUGACCCCUCCAUUUCUCAUUUGUGCUUAUUCAGUCCCCCACACCUCCAACAAACCACCAUCAUUCUUCCUCUUCCUCUCCACAACAACUCCCACUUUCUCACACUAAUUUAUACUCUCAAAUCCUCAGAUCUAUUACACCAUCAACAUAACAACAAUGGAGGUGCUCAAGAGUUGGGAGUGUGAGACUAAUACUCGAGAAACCAGUAGCGAGGAAGAAGAACACAACAGCAACGAAGAUAGCGUACAUACCGUUGCGUUCGCACUAGGUACGGUGGUUUUAAUGGUGUGUCUGAAGAGGUUUCUUGUUGAGCAAUGGCGCGCUUGGGUCUUCCUUCUUCUCAAUGUCAUCCUACUCGCCAUUUUCUUCAUGUCUACUAAGAAACCGAGAUGGAGUGUUCAGACUCAAGAAAGCAAAAACCGUAUCCAACGAAUCAAAACUCAUUUAAAAAAAGAUAGUGUCCCGCCGCCUUCUGAAGAAAGUAAGGAGUGCAGUGAAAAUAAUGACAGCAACAACAAAAAGAUGGACGGGGACGAGGACGAGGGCGAAGAAGAGGAGGAGGAGGAGGAGGAGGCAGUGGCGGCGCUUUCAAAAGAGGAGCUGAAUGAGAGAGUGGAGGCGUUCAUAGCCAUGUUUAGGCAGCACCUCAUCUCCGAUGUCAAACAAGGUUUCAACUUCCCCCAAACGGCCAAUCUAAGGACGCGGCCUAACAAGAUUCAAGUUUCUUGCUGUUGACAAAUUAUUACAUUUUUUAUUUUAUUUUUAAAUUGAUCUUGUGACUUGUGAGAUUAAUUAUAUUCAAGUUUCUUCCA